AGGUUUUGUUCAGGUUUUGUUCUCACACGCCCAUCACAAACCAGUAAAGCAUUUAAAGACAGUACGACAGGACGAUUCAUCAUGCAGUGCCCACAAUCUCCAGGGCGUAUGCUGUCAGAGGAGCAGUUCUCCUGCUCUAUCUGUCUGGAGUUGUUUUUGGAGCCCGUCUCCACUCCAUGUGGCCACACUUUCUGUAAGGCAUGUCUGCAGGGCUUCUGGAACCACAGCAAGAAGUUUAUUUGCCCCAUGUGCAAGAAAACUUUUUCCAGACAACCAGAGCUCAGCGUCAACUGUGUGCUGGCCGAGAUCGCUGAACAGUUCCAGGGUCUAACGACGCUGUCUUCAGCUGGAGGUGAUGCGGUCAACAUUGGGUUUGCAAACUCAAACCCAGCAAUUAAGGAAGACGAUUGGGGAGACUUUGCUAAAGCAGGAGACAUACCUUGUGAUGCCUGCAUUGGUAGGAAGAUGAAAGCCAUGAAGUCGUGUCUGAACUGCCCAGGCUCUUUCUGUGAAGCCCAUCUGAGGCAGCAUAAGAAGGGGAAAACGAUGGCCUCGCACAAACUGGUGGACCCCAUACACAACCUGGAGGACAAGAUGUGCAAGAAACAUGAACGCCUCCUAGAUGCGUACUGCCGAAACGAACAUGUGUGCGUGUGCAAGGAGUGUGCGGAGACAACACACAAAUCACACCAUAUUGUCUCCACCGAACGAGAGUGGAAGAAGAUAUCGGGUCAGCUGGGCAAGAAAAGGUCAGAACUGAAACAUCUAAUCAAGGAGCGAGCUAAGAAACUCGAGGAGAUUAAGCAGUCCAUCAAAGUUAUCAAAGAGAACAGUCAGAAGGAGAUGGAGGAGAGCUGGGCGGUGUAUGCGGAGCUGCAGAAGUUGUUGGAGCAGUCGCAGGCGCAGCUGCUGGAGCUCAUCGCAACACGACAGAAACAGGCGGAACAACACGCCAGAGAACUCGCCAGUGGCCUGGAGCAAGAGCUCAACACAUUAAGGAAGAGGAGCAGUGAGCUCGAUGCACUGGCUCAGACACAAGACAAAGUGCUUUUCUUACAGUUCCUUCCAUCUCUGCCUCCUGCGCCGGAGCCGUCUGAUUGGUCAGCAGUGUCUGUAAACACAGAUCUGUAUGUCAGCACCAUCAGGAAGUCUGUCUGCUCUCUGAUGGACAAGUUCCAAUACGAGGUCAAGCAGCUUUAUGGGAAAGAACUCAGAAAUAUGCAGAACUAUGCCAGUGAGGUGAUCUUGGAUCCUGCGACAGCGCAGCGUGACCUGUGUCUUUCUGAGGAUGGACGGCAGGUGUGCUAUGAGGUGCAGCGCAAGAGCUCAAUAAAUUCAGACUCGCCGCGGCGCUUCAGCCCGGCGCUGUUUGUCUUGGCACGUGAGGGCCACUCAUCCGGGAGACACUACUGGGAGGUGGAUGUGGGACACAAGACUGCCUGGACCCUGGGAGUGGCCAGAGGUUCAGUGCGACGCAAAGGAGAGAUCCGUCUCAGUCCAGAGGGCGGCUUCUGGUGUUUGUGGCUGAAGAACGGAGAAGUGAAAGCCCUUUCGGGCAACAGGUUUCCUCUGCAUCUCGCCACACUACCACAGAAGGUGGGCAUCUUCCUAGACUAUGAAGCUGGCCAGGUGUCCUUCUUUGAUGUGAAGGGGCACUCUCAUCUAUACACCUUCACUGAUGCUUUUACUGAGAGUGUCUACCCCAUCUUCAGCCCCUGCAUCAACCAGGACGGAAAGAACCAUGGAGCUCUGACCAUCACCACCGUCAAACACAGCUGCAGAGCGGUCAUUGUGUUCACAGACAUACAGCAACAGCAGACUGCUGGAAUGGCAUCUCCCACCAGCAUGCUAGCAGAAGAGCAGGUGCACUGCUCCAUCUGUCUGGACGUGUUUACUAACCCCGUCUCUAUCCCUUGUGGACACAACUUUUGCAUGGCCUGCAUUGGCAGCUACUGGAAGUCCAGCUCCCUCUUCAUGUGCCCCAUGUGCAAAAAGACCUUCUUCAAGCAGCCAGAUAUCAGCAUCAACACAGUUCUGAGGGAGAUCGCUGAGAAGUUCAAGAAGAUUAAAGCCAAUCCCAUCAAGAACCUUAAGAAGACAAUGCAAAUGGUCCCAGGACAGAGCCCAGAGGAACUCCCCACAGAAAUUCCAGAACUGAUUCCUCCUAGCAUCCCGUGGGCUCAGGAAGUGUCCUGUGAUGUGUGCACUGGCAAUCGCCAACAGGCUGUGAAGUCAUGCUUGGUUUGUUUGACCUCUUACUGUGAGGAGCACCUGAAGACCCACAGUGCCCGCUUCACCAAACACAAACUUAUCGAGCCAGUGCAGAACCUAGAGGACCGUAUGUGUAAGAAACAUGAGAGGCUGCUGGAACUGUUCUGUAAGAAGGAUCAGACUAUUGUGUGUGUGCUGUGUACUGAGAUGGACCACAGAGCACAUUACACUGUACCCGUUGAGCGAGAGUGGACUGAGAAAAAGGCUUUGCUGAGGAAAACUGAAGCUGAAGUGCAUCAGAUGAUCCAGUUGCGAUUGAAGAAAGUUGAUGAUAUCAAACGCUCCAUAGACCUAAACAAAAGCAGCGCUCAAAGAGAGAUCGAGGACAGCAUGCAGGUGUUUUCCAAUCUGAUCCAAGCAGUUCAGAAGGCUCAGGCUGAGCUGGUGAUGGACAUCGAGGAGAAACAGAGGAAGACGGAGAGCUGGGCCAAUGGACAAAUAGAAGAAAUGCAGCAGGAGAUUGAUGUGCUGAAAAUGAGAAACAAAGAGUUAGAGUUUCUCUCACACACUGAAGAUCACAUCCACUUCCUGCAGAACUUUACAUCGUUAAUGUCUCAUCCACACACUAAGGACUGGUCUGAGACCUGUGUGCAUGCAGAUCAGUGUGUGGGCACCAUCAGAAGAUCUGUCCUCAAACUGGAGGAGACGCUAACUGAAGAAAUAGAAAAACUGGUAGAAAUGGAGCUAAGGAGGGUUCAAAAAUACUCAGUUGACAUAACCUUUGACCCGGACACGGCAAACCCCUGGCUGCAGCUAUCUGAGGACGGGCAUCAGUUACGUCACCUGGGGGCGUGGCAGGACCUGCCCGACACACCCGAGCGAUUUGAUACGGUGGUCAUCUCACUCGGGCGUGAGGGGUUCUCUUCCGGCCGCCGAUACUGGGAGGUGCUGGUGGGCGAGAAGGACGACUGGUACCUGGGCGUGGCCCGUGCUUCCGUCAACAGAAAGGGGCGUAUUUCAGUGAGCACAGCUCAUGGAUACUGGGCUCUCGCGAUGAAGAAAGGCCAGGAGUAUCGGGCGUCUACCUCUCCACCCCUCCUGCUCUCUGUCGAGCCCAAGCUGAAGAGGGUGGGUUUGUUCGUAGAUUACGAAGAAGGACAGGUGUCAUUCUACGACGUCCAAAGCAAAAGUCACAUCUACACAUUUAUGGACUCCUUUAAAGAUAAGCUCUUCCCAUUUUUCUACCUUUACUGCUGUGAUAAAGCCUCUGACACCAUGAUGAUCUGUCCUGUACAGGAGCAAUCUCAUAUAAAACAGUGUUGAAUCAUGAGAUACUGUACACAAUGACACGCACCGUUUGUGACUUCAUUCAUUUCAGACACUGCUUACAGUUUAUCUCUAUGCCCUUGUUGUGGUCUUCAAUGAUACAACUUCCUGAGUUUUCUGUUGUGUGUGUGUUUGUGUGUGUGUGUGUUUUCCCCAAUAUGUUAUACAGAUAUUUCUACAAAGAAUUUCAUCAAUUUUAAUGCAUGGCUAAAAAAGGGGCGUUAUGACAAACAAUUUCUACUGCACAUUUCCAGCAGGUCAUUAGCACAAAAUAAACUCUGAAAGGGUGAUCAGGACCCCAUCACGAAGCGGACUGUACAUUAUCCCGCUUAUUAUAUUUCCUCGUACAAAUAAUGGUAGAUGCUGUUUGCACCACUACCGUAAUUUCCGGACUAUUGAGCGCACCUGAAUAUAAGCCGCACCCACUGAUUUUUAAAUAAAAUAUUAUUUUGAACAUAAAUAAGCCGCACCUGUCUAUAAGCCGCAGGUGCCUACCGGUACAUUGAAACAAAUGAACUUUACUCAGGCUUUAACGAAACACGGCUUGUAACAAAAAUAAAUAGGCUUUAA